AUGGGGAAUCUCCUAAGCUCCGACUCUGCGCCUAAGCAGCGCCUGGCCGCAGCUGAGAAGGAGCUCCAGGCACGUCAGGAGGCCGUCGACACCAAGACCCAAGAGUUGGAGGACGUGAACAAGCAGCUUGCCGCCUCCAAGCAGGAGAGCGCCGACGCCAAGCAGGAAAUUAGCAUUCUUAAGGAGAGGGCCGAGAACCUGCAGUCCCAGCUCGACGCCGCCCAGCAGCAGAAGGAAGAGGCCAUCGCCAACCUCGACAGCCAGCUGAAGAGCAAGGAUGCAGACUACCACCAGCAGCGGGAGGCCGUCGACCGUGUUAGCAAGAGCCUUACCCAAGAGCGCGACCAGGCACGCAAUGAGCUGAAGCAGCGCGAGGAGAAGCUGGCUGGACUCCAGAGCAACCACGACUCCCUUGCCAAGCAGGUCGAGCAACUGAAGCAGGAGUUGGGCCAGGCCACACAAUCGCGCCAGCAGCUUGAGCAAGAUCUGCGCGACGAGAUUGAGAAGUACAAGAAGUCUCUGGCCCAGGCUGAGGAGCAGCAGAAGAGUCUACAAUCCGCACAUGGCACUGUCCAGACCGAACUGCAGGAGACCCAGAAGAGCAACGAGACCGCCAUCGCUGCCGUCAAGAAGGACCUUGCCGACUCGCAGCAGAAGCUCACUCAGCUUCAACAGUCUACCGACAACGAGCGUCAAGAGGCUUCCACCAAGUUCCAAGCCGUGCAGAAGGAGCUGAAUGAAUCGCACGAGAAGCUGAAGAAGCUCGAGGCGGCUCACCAAGCAUUGCAGAAGGACUCGGAAGAGAAGAACACCCAGCUUCGCGGCGAGCUUGAGAGUGCUCAGCGCAAGGUCUCCGAGCUGCAGUCCGAGGUUGAGAGACUUAAGAAGGUCUCGUCCUCGGCUGAGGCAACGUCGAACGAACUUCACCAGGCUGAGCAGAAGCUUCAGGCUCUCCAGAAGCAGCACGACGAGCUUCAAACAGUCUCCGAAAAGCAGCUCGCACAGUCCAAGCAUGAACUCGAGCAGGCACGCGAACAGCAUGCGACGCUCUCCGUCUCUCAUAACAGGACCUUCGAAGAGCUUGCUGCCAUCAAGCAGACCCUCAAGGAUGGCAACGACAAGAACAAGUCUCUCGAGUCAGAGCACUCCAACCAGAUCAAGUCACUGAAGGCUGAGAUUGAGCAACUGCAGAAGCGAGGUACCGAGUCAGCGGCCGCUGAGAAGAAGCUGAAGGCGGAGCACGAAACUGAGCUGGAGCAAUUGAGGAGUUUUGCCGCCGAAGCUUCUGCCAAGCUCAAGGUGGUUGAACAAGAAGGCGAGAACCUGAAGCGCGGCCAAGCACAGUCUGGCUCGCAGCUGGACGAAUUGAAGAAGCAGCACGAGCAAGAGCAGAGCAAGACCGCCAAGGCAGAGGAAGCUCUCCGUGUUGCACAGCAGGAGAAGAACGACAUCGAACAGCGUCUCCAGAAGCUCGACGCCGAACACAAAUCCGCUCAAGCCGGAAAUUCGGAACUCUCCGCCAAGCUCAAUGCCACCGAGAAGGACCUUGCACAGCUCCGCGCAGAACACGAGAAGGCCACCGAAGCUGCCAAAGCACUUCAGGGCACCCAAAGCGAGCUUGAGCAAGCUGAGCAAGCAGCCAAUACGGCCGAGAAGAAGAUCAAGGAGCUUGAGACCCAGCUGGCCGAGAAGGACGCUCAGACGGCCAAGGUCGCGGCAGCCACGGAGGACAUUGCAAAGUUUGUUGCAGAGAAGGCAAGAGAAGAUCCACAAAAGACAGCAGAGGCGCUCGAGCAGACGACCUCCAAGCCAGAGCCUGACCGUAACGACUCUGGACGCGGCGGCGAGACCUCGCCCGUCGAUGCCGGUGUUGAGAAAGUCGCAACAGCAUAG